AUGCUGCAUUUCCACCACAAGUUGCCCGCGGGGGGAGCCCUGGUCCUGCUCGCCUUCCUCUUCCAUGGAUACGCCGUGCAGGCUGCGUCUCUCCCCCGCCGCUACAGGCUCCGAGGAGGGGAAAGUGAGGGGCAGUCGGCUGCCUUCCAGCCCAGCUCCGACAUGAUGAAAGCCCUGGAGUACAUUGAGAACCUUAAGCAGCGGAACGGGGGCCGACCCGAACCCGCGGAUUACGAUGAAGUCGAGAAGUUCAGGGUCCUGCUCCAGCUCGCCUCACAGCAGGACGAGGCUCCCGUGGACCGUCAGCCUGCCCCCGCCGUGCAGCAGCAGAGGCAGGACAUAACCGCUGAACAGCUGAUGAAAGCCCUGCUCAGGUCUCUGCAGGAUCAGGCUGGGAGGGAGACGAAGCUCACCCCCGCGUCGGCGCCUAGGAACGACCGGCGCACACACAGGCACCGCACCAAAGAAACGGAGGUCCCCGAGAGCGCGCCGGCAGACUACGGCAAUUUCCCCAGACCCCACAAAAAGUACCCGCUUAUGUUUGAGGAUGAGGAGAACACUGACGCCUCCAAGAGAGCCACGGAGGACCUGGAUGAGCAGUACACACCCCAGAGCCUCGCCAAUUUGCGCUCAAUCUUCGAGGAGUUAGGGAGGAUGCCUUCCGUCGGUGGCCAGAAGAGAGACGUGUUCGGGGACGAAGAUGAAGAGGAAGAAGAGGGGAUCAGCCUGAGGAACCAGGCCUAUGAAGAUGUGGCCGGAGGAGAGGAGUGGGUCCCCGUGGAGGAGAGAGAGGAGACAGAGGAGAUGGAGAACGGGAGCCAUGAGGAGAUGGACAGGGCGCUUGGAGAGCAGGAGGAGGCAGAGAGGGAGGAGAUACAGCGUAGGGCAAGUCAGGACCAAGAGGAGGCUGACGAUGACACCAAACUCGUGGACUACUACCUGUUGA